AUGAAUUUUGUUACACCAAAAAAACGUCAAGAAUGGUUAGGUCAAGCAGAAGAUUAUGCUGAUAUAUUUCUUCAAAAAACGAAAUAUAUAUUACCACAUUUAGCCCGAUUAUGUUUAAUAUCAACAUUUAUUGAAGAUGGUAUUCGUAUGUGGAUGCAAUGGGGUCAACAAAGAGAAUAUAUUAUGAGUUCUUGGAAUGUUGGAUGGUUUAUUGGUACACUUUUUGUUAUUACUAAUCUUGUCGGUCAAUUAGCACCAUGCGGCAUGAUUUUAGCAAGAAAGAAAACUGACAUUGCAUGCGGAAUACUUGUUUUUAUAAUUGCACUUCAAUCGCUUGCAUAUCGAAUUAUAUGGGAACCUCGUUUCUUACUUAGAUCUUGUUCACUUGUUGGUGGUUUAAUUCUUUUAAUGGUUGAAAAUCGUAAAGAAGCACGUAGUUUAUUCGCCGGUGUACCAACAAUGCAGAAUAAUGCUCCAAAAAAUUAUAUGCAAUUAGCUGGUCGUAUAUUACUCGUUAUUAUGUUUUUAACUAUUGUUCGUUAUGAUUUUACAAUUGUUUCAACGAUUCAAAAUAUAAUCGGUGGUAUUUGUAUUUUAUUUGUUGCAAUUGGUUUUAAAACAAAAUUAUCAGCUUUAUUUCUUGUUAUAUUUUUAUCAAUGGCUAAUGUAUAUGCAAAUUGUUUUUGGAAUGUACAUGAACAUCGUGCAUUACAUGACUUUUUAAAAUAUGAUUUCUUUCAAACAAUGUCGGUUAUUGGUGGUCUUUUAUUUGUUGUUGCACUUGGUCCCGGUGGUGUAUCAGUUGAUGCAAGAAAGAAAGAAUGGUGA